GUUUGGCGUUCGAUUACUCCAUGUGACGCAUGCGCACUGCCUGUCCUUUCUCUCUGCUAGCUCCUCCGCCAUGGCGCCCACUCAGAAGAAGCAGAACCCCGGUAAAGGCGGUAAAGGCAAGAAGAAGAAGCAGGUCCUGAAGUUCACUCUGGACUGCACUCACCCCGUAGAGGACGGCAUCAUGGACGCCGCCAACUUCGAGCAGUUCCUUCAGGAGCGCAUCAAGGUGAACGGGAAGGCCGGUAACCUUGGUAACGGCGUGGUCUCCAUCGAGAGGAGCAAGAGCAAGAUCACCGUCUCCUCCGAGGUGCCCUUCUCCAAGAGGUACCUGAAGUACCUGACCAAGAAGUACCUGAAGAAGAACAACCUGCGGGACUGGCUGCGCGUGGUGGCCAACACCAAGGAGAGCUACGAGCUGCGCUACUUCCAGAUCAACCAGGACGAGGAGGAGGAGGAGGACGAAGAUUAAAGCAACCAGUCACAUUUUGUACAUCUAAAUAAAUGUUGUUUCCCAGUAAA